AAAGGGGAAACAACUUGUUUUCAGGGCUAUGUGCUGAAAAGAGAGAAAAAUCCUUUGCUUCUCUAUGUAACAGUGUGCAAAGCAUUUUACUUUGCUUCUUCCUCUCUCCUGUUCACAAUCCCAAACCAAUAUCAACAACAUCAAGUCAUCAACAGUCCACACUUCUACUUUUCCUCAGAACCAAACAUUACUUCUUUUUCUCUGGAAAAGAGCAGGAAAGCCAAGGCAAAACUCUUCAGCAAAGGUUAUUAUUGUUUUUGGGUAAUGGACAAUUUACUACUUAAGCAAAAGAGAGGGAAAUUUUCAGGUCCUGGACCAGAAAAGCAGGAAAAAUCUAAGGGCAUAAGAGGAGAACCUCCUUCCUUUCAACUAACUAAGUCUCUUAAAGAAGAAAAAGAAUUGCCGCGAAGGACAUUGGAGAGGCAGUACUUUUCAAGCAAAAUGAAUCAGGAUUACAGCGAAAAAGAUAUUGAUUUUGCUACAGCAGUUGCAGCUGCUGCCUUUGCUGUUCAAUCAAUUGACCAAGUUGAACUUCAACACCAGAGAAGGAAGAAGGAAUCUCUUGACACCUCGAGGACCGGGGCAAAUAAGAGCAGAAAGAGCGAGUUCACAGCAGAAUUGCCAAGUUCCAGCAAAGCAACCAGGCUAUUCUCAAACAAGGAAGCUAAAAGUGCUGGUGAAGCUCCAAGGAAAAGGUCAGUUAGCCUAGAACAUAAGGUAUCUCAGAGGGCUUCGCCGGGCACACCAUCAAGCCAUACACAGAAAGAAAUGUCACCGAGUAGCAAAGGCAUGGAAAGGAAACCGGACACUUGGGAGAUAGCUCAGAUGAAAAGAGUUCAAGAAAGGUAUGAGAAGACAAAAUAUGCCAUUCUUUCUUGGGAAAAUGAGAGAAAGAUGCAAGCCAAGGUUAAGAUGGAAAAGAGAAAGAGUUUAUUGGAGCAGAAAAGAACACAAAACAUACAACAUUACCAGAACAAGGUAUCAAGAAUAGAAAAGAUAGCUGGAGGAGCAAGGGCACAAUUGGAAGAGAAAAGAAAAAAUGAAGAGCUUUCAGUGAAAGACAAGGCAAGGAAGAUAAAAUCAGGAGGAAAAGUUCCUGUCAGAUAUUUCUGCUUCACUUGUUGAUAGGGAGUGGAACUCAAUGAACUUUGCCUUUGUGGGAAAACACAAAAGAUGAAGCUGCAAUUAAUUUAACUGUUUCCUAACCAGAACAUGUAUAUUUAUCUAUGCUUUAACUUAUAUACUGUAUCUUUAACAUGUUAAUAUUUACUCAAGAAAGAAAAAUCGUAUCAUAUAUAUAAAUAUAUACAACCAUAUUCAAUAACAAAA